GAAUUAUUUAAAUCUAAAUUAAAAAUGAUAAAAUGAUGUGGUCUAAUCAAAUGAAUGGUAGAUACUAUCCCAAUUUUUAAAAGGCUGCCCGAGUUAUCACCGGAUGUUGACAAGUAUGGUGAAGAUAUAAUCCAAAUAGAAGGAUAUUUUAAUGGGGUUAUAGAUCCACCGAAGUGGGUAGCCUUAACCGGAUGUGUGGUAACAAGAAAAGCCCGAAAGCUAGUCCCGUCCCUGUCAGGGGAGAUGCCAACCAUCUCUCCUUUCUACGAACACAUAGAAGGAUAUUAAAAUAAAAAUAACGAAUCUAAUAAAAAUAACUAAUGAUGGAAAUGGCAAUUUCGCCAUUUUCCCCUUAAACCCACUAGACUUAAAUACUAGCAAGUAUAAAUACAAAUAUACAAUGAAUGAAUCCAGUUGACAUAUUUUGACUCUUGUGAUCUUGUCUAAUCAUCAUCUUAUCCACCACAUGCAUUCAUCUCGCCGUCUGGAGAAGAAAUCGAAGACGAUGACGUCAUCCUGAAGUUGACCAAGGGGUGGGCCCGUUGUCUUGACGUGGCUCCGGCAAAGAGGACACGUCAUACGGCCAGUUCCAAGCCACCUAUCCAAACAAGCCACGUGGAAAACAUGUUGACACCUCAGCUCCCUCACCUCCUCUCCGUCUUCUAUCCCACACAAACAAAUCGGGCAUUCCGGCGGCUCCGUCUCUCCGCCGGAUCUCCCCUCGAAAACCCUUACGCCGAGCCCAGACGCAGCGUUCUCCGUCGAAUGUCCGGCGACGGAUGAGCGGCUGAAUUUGUAGGGGGAGGCGGGUGCAUGGCAGAUGGAGUGUAAGAGGAGACAAUCCCAAGACAGUUUCAGCUGUGUCGCUGUUGAAACGACGUGGUUUAGGAUGACCGACCUCGGAAACGUCCGGAGAAUCUUCUUGAAUAUGCAUGCGAAGAUUCCGAGGAGGACAAUGAGGAAGAAAGCAUGAGACGAAGCAGAUCUCAUUUUCCUUAAAUUGCUUUUUUCCGUAGAGAGUUUAGCUGAAGAGGACUUGAAGAGUUGAAGUAUUACUUCUCAGAUUUAUACACUACAGUGGCCCCACUCCUAUAUUCUUUUGUGUUCAGUUCAAACUUUAUGUGCUAUUGACUCUUUUUUCGCACUGAUAAUCAGAAAUGGUUGGCGUAUCUAUUUUUGGGUUCAUUUUGAGUUUGUAUGUAUAAGCAGUAUGUCUGUCUCUAGAGAAAAUCUAUAUAGCACCCAAACUCUUGGAAAAGAAUAAGUUUUUCAAAAACUCGUUAAAACUCUCCAAAUAAGCGUUUUUUGAGAAAAGUUAGGGAGUUUUUACGACUGCUUCUACUUAAAAUGAUUUUUAAAGUGAUUUUGGAGAAAGUACUUAAUAGUAAAAGUUGGUAGUGUUUGAAAAAAAUUAAUUCUGAAAAAGUAAAAGUUGUCAGUGUUUGGUAAAAUAAGUAAUUUUUGUUUAAUAGAAAAAGUGAAAAGCAAUUUAAAGCUAUGUUGUAAAACCGGACCGGUGAGCGACCCGGUCAUGUGACUGGGUCACGGGUCAACCCGGACCCGGAGGGUCAACCCGGUCAAAGCCGGAAAACCGGUCAACGAUUAUACGUCUAUAUAAUAAUAAACAUAUAAUUAUAUACACUCUCAUUAUAUAUUUUUAUUUGUAUUGUACAUUUAUAUUAUAAUUUGGCAUGAUUUUCAUUCUUAAAUAAAUAUAUAAAUAUAUUACACAGUUUUUCUUUUUAGGGAAUUGAAAUUGCGAUUUUAUUGGUUUAAAAAAUGCAUUAAAAUUAAAAAAGAAAUUACUUUUUUUUUUGAAAAGACCGAAAACCGGGUUUUUCGGGUUUCUUGGGUCAGGUCCGGAUCGGAUUUUUUCGGGUCAGCCGGGUUUUUCCGGUUUUUGACCAUUUUCGGAUUUUGAAGAAACCGAACCGGAUUUUUGUCCGGGUCACCGCGUUCCGGGUCAACCCGGCCGGGUUGGGUCGGUUUUUUAAACAUAGAUUUAAAGCAGCAUUUCAUCCGCUUUCAGUUUUUAGCUUUUAAGUGAUUAAUCUAAGCAGAAUACACACAUAACUUGAAGAGGGCAGAAGGGCCGGGGAUGUACGCCAUCUCUAAUCGGGCGCCGCGGCAGGGGUUUGAGGCAGUAUUGCCAAUCUGCUCUGGUUGGUCUCGGCAACAGAGGGAUGUUAUUUAUGGAUCCAGACUGAAGCUUCAGAUUUCACAGCAGCGAAAUUUCAGAGGAGAAAACCCUAUAGGUCGACGAACUCAGUUCGGUCAGAUUUCAGAGGGAUUGAGCUCAGGAAAGUACAGAGUGCCAUCUUCUACAACGGGAUGGUACUGCAGAGGGCUGACUUCGCCUCGAUCUGCCUGGAAUCCACGACACGGGUGUCGCAUUGACAUGCAAUCGAUGGAAUUUAGACGACAAACUCCUCUGCGGAAGAGAAAUUAAUAGAGAAAGGUUGGAGAAUUACCUCAGUUCCGGCAAGGGAGAGACCGAAGUUAUUCAGGCGAUUUCCAGAAGAUUGAAGUACCGGCAAGGGAUGAUUCUCCGUAUGAAGCUGCAAAUAGGUGGAGAUUUGGAAAAUUUGGCAGAGGUGGAUCACCCUCCUUUGUGAGAAUUGAAAGUAAAAUACUCCGUAUUUGAUUUUGGUGUGGAAUCCUCAGGUAUCCGUAUAAGGGGUGUUUGGAUCUGAUUCUCAAAACUGAUUCUGCUCCUUCAGGGAGCAUGAGCAUAAGCUGUUUUUGAAGUGUUUGAGUGAAAUUCCAGAAGCAUUUUUGGUGCUCUAAUUUACUCUCAGAAUCAGUUUUUUCAGAAGUUGGGGGGUACCAGCUUCUGAAAACUGAUUCUGAUUCUGCUUCUGUUUAAAAAAAAAGCAGAAGCAGAAUCAGAUCCAAACACCCCUAAGUCAAAUGAAGAACGAUCAAUUUCGAUCUAUUUCACUAAAUGAAGAGUGCUUCACUUGGUUUUGUAAAUCUUUUGGUCAAAUUCUAUCGGGGUCUUCUUGGACUUUUACAAGAUAUGAAAAAUUCCAGAAAAAUUCAUUUGUCUUUUGAUAAAAAUCGACAUCGAAGGUUUAUCCGUUUGGUAGAUAUUGGAAUUCAGGGCAAAACUACUUUGAUUAUUCCUGAAGGUUGGAAAGGAGAUGGAUUCCCGAAUAAUUCGGGUAUUAUACCUUUUAAAAAUUGCUUCAUCCUGCUAUACUUUCAUUUGGAUAGACAAUAGAUGAUUCAUCUUACCAUUUUUACAUUCUUUCAACAAUGCACUCCUUAAUUGGACAGGCGAGAUUUCAUUUUACAUUUCACAUUAAUUAUUUUCCAUUAUACCCUUUUUUUGGGCUGGAAUUUUCUCUUCAGUUAUUGCCCCAACUCUGUUACUUUAUAUUGGCCGUGUUUGGGAAACGACGGAUCAUCCGUUUUGACGUUUCAAUAGGACAACAG